GUAAUAUUACGGAGGGACUUUUUUAUUAUUAUUAAAUUUUAUAGUUACAAUAAAAUAAAUCAAUUGAAUAGAGAAAAAGAAGUGGUAAUAACUCCUUGGUUAAAGUAUUAGUGUAGCCGUUACUUAUAUAUCAAAAAUACUCAUUUUAUUUUAAUACGUUGAUCGGAGACCCGCCUUCUUCUUGCUUGCGGUCUAGCCUGUCUCUCCUCCCUCUCUCUGUUCAAACUUUAAACCCCCAUCCAUCCAAGAAAAUCAAGAAACGCCGUUCAUCGACCAGGGUUUCAGUUCGAUCAAUUAGUGGGUGAAAAUGGUUCAAUCGACGGAGAAUUACAGUCGUAGUGGGCGUCGUCGUCAUGGGAGCUACAUCGUGAAUUGGGAUUCAAGAAUCGUGUACCGGAUAAUGUCGGAUCACGGCGGCGGCGACGACCCAAUUAUUGGCCGAGACUCCGGCGGCGAUCUGCCGGUGUAUAAAGUCGCAUACUCCGUCUUGGAGGAGAAUUCCGGCCAGAGGAGCUUCGUCGCUGACCAAUUUCUAGCCUUGAAGAUCGUGCGCCGGUCAUUUCUUUCUGAAUUCACAGAGACCAUUUCAAGAAACGGCAACCUUCCUGGGUACCGAAUGAAUCUGGUUUGGCAUAAGCUCCCGUCCGGAAUAUCAAGAAGCGCGGAGGAGUAUGACGGCCUGAUCGGCAGAGAGUGUGACCGGCUAGGCGCCUACUCUGUUUUCCACGAGACCUCCCGCGACGGUAGGCUCCUGUCCGCCGAUCCCGCCUUGACCCUGCCGCCGUCGUUUGAUCAGAACGUAGUUCCUCUGGUUGGACACUUCAGUGACAGGGAAACCGGUGACCUCUGCCUAGUCAUGCCCUUCUUCCAGCCCGGCUCUCUCCGGUCCGCCAUGGCAGCACGGUUCCCUGACGGCCUUCCGGAGGCUUGCGCUUUGGUUGCCCUGAGGUGCGUCCUCAAAGGCCUGCGUUUUCUUCACCGGGCCAACUCUCUCCACAGAGACAUCAACGCCGGACAUAUAUACAUCAAACCCGGACCGCAAAUCCAGUUGGGCUUUGCGGCGACGGUGUACGAGCACGGCAGGAUUUCUGCAGGGGAGAGGGGCUGUUCAUCAACUUCGCCUAAGCUGCCCGCUGCCCCGGAGGCGCACGAGUGCUACACCGAGAAAUCGGACAUCUGGCUGGUGGGUAUCACGGCGCUCGAAUUGGCAUACGGAACCGUGCGGCCGGACCGUGAAGCACUGGAAAUGACCAUCCGGGGAAUAACAGAGACCAAGAUGCUUCCAGCAAAGAUGCUCAUGGGAGGACCAGUAGAAAUAACCAGCAGAGAAGAAGACGAAGUGGAGAGGUCAUUCUCAGUGGAGUUUGGGAGUUUUGUGGCAGAGUGUCUGGCGAGGGAUCCUGAACAAAGGCCCUCUGCCGAUGCCAUUCUUAACCAUUCUUUCUUCUGCAAAAAAGGGUUGAAGAGGAGCUAUCUCAAAUCACACUUCCAAGAGGUGGUGAUGGGGAUAAAGACGAUCAAACCAGCUGUUGGGCUACUUCCCCCCGCCCCAAACAGCUGCAGCAGCUUCCCUGCGGCAGCAGCUGCUGGUACACCAUUCUCUGCCGUGGCGCUCGACAACCUGAGAUGCAUUUUUACUGUAUUGCCCUUGGAGGACAGGGCGAGGGCGGGGAUGGUGUGUCGGGAGUGGCACGCCAUGGCCGCGGAGGACGGGCAGUUGAGCGCGGUCUCGGGCAGGCUCCGGGACCCUGAGGGCCCCACCCGGCGACGGUACAGGGAGAUGCUGCGCGAGAUCAGGGGGGACGCAUCUCUCUUGGCCUCCCGGAUGACCGCCGCAUUGGAGACGACCCUGCUGGGCACCUGUAUGGACAGGUGGCGGCACGAGAUUGCGGAGGAGUUCUCCGGUUUGCUCUACCCGUGCCUCAGCCGCCUCGCCUACCGGCAUCGGGUCUACCCCAGCGAGGCGGAGGAGUCCUGGACGCGUUCGUUUUUGCUUGGUGUGAGCAGAGGAGCUCUGUAUUCCCGGCCCAUGCCGCCGCCCCACAGGAAAUAUCCGGAGAUGGCCACCUCUAUAAUGGACUCGUAUUGGUUGCCGCUCACGAGUUCCCCGACGCAAGCAAUCAGGAGGGAUUCUGGAGCCAGUGGGGCUGCCGGCAGGGACUAUAUCGGUAGAAACAUUGUCGGAAGGAGACACGCCGACACCAGUGGGGUUACCGGGUUGGUUGGUUUCGCUACUGGUGGUGUCGUCGUCGUCCAGUGUGUGUUUCUCACUGGCGCCAGUGGGGCUACCAGAGGAUGGACGGGACGCUGGGGUAGAGCAGAUGGGUAGUGACGGGAUUUCGUCGUCUUCUACAAUCUCAAGGGAUUCGGUCAUAGUGUCAUUCUGCUGUGAAGGUGGUUC